CACUGAUGAUCAGUGUGCCCUGAUGAUCUGUGUAGCCCCAGCAGUGCCACCUGUCAGUGUCCAUCAGUGCCAGCUGUCAGUGCUCAUCAAUUCCACAUUUCAGUGCCUACCAGUGCACAUCAAUGCCACAUAUCAGUGCCCAUCUGAGCUGCCUUUCAGUGUCACCCAUCAGUGCUAUUCAUCAGUGCCACCUAACAGUGCCACCUAUCAGUGCCAUAUAUGAGUGCUGCCAUUCAGUGCCCAUCAGUGAUGCCUGUCAAUGCCCAUCACUGCCACCUACCAGUGCCUCUUAAUCAGUGCCCAUCAGUACCACCUAUCAGUGUCUACCAGUGCAGCCUAUCAGUGCCCAUCACUGCAGCCUAAUUAGCGCACAUCAGUGAAGGAGAAACAUCACUUAUUUACAAAAUUUUAUAA